ACGCGCCCUCCCCGCCCUCCCCAACGCCCGCCCGAGCGCGGCGGAUUCAAACCGGGGCUCGGACCGGGCGGCGGCAGCCGGGGCCUCGCGUCCUCCUCUCUCUGCCGAGCGGCCUCCUUUUCCUGCCGAGCGUCCUCCUCUCUCUGCGAGCGGCCUCCUUUUCCUGCCGAGUGGCCUCUUCCCCCGGCCGAGCGGCCUCUUCCCCCGGCCGAGCCGCCUCUUCCCCCGGCCGAGCGGCUGAGAGGCUGGGACGAAGGCCGGGAGGCACUGGCGCCGGUAAAACCUGAGGAGAAGCGGGCGCUGCCGUGACCUCGAUCCCCUCAGGGAAUCCCGAUCCGCCUCGGAGUGUCCGCGCAGCUACGGAGGUGGGGAGCUCUCUAAGAACGGAUUUAAUAAGCGCGUGUGAUGGUGAACGCUAUGGCAUCCUCAAGCCUGGAAGAUUUAUGCCUCUACAUCAGUUUGAAGAUUUCAAAUAUUAAAAAGUUUAUCCUAUUGAGAGAUCUAGGUAAAGAUGAUUGCCUCAAGCAUUUUCUCCGUAAAGUAUAUAACGAGGGGAUCCUCAUACAUGAGCUCCUGCAAGCAAUGGAAAUUCAAGUUAAAAAGCAAGAAGAACUGAAAAAAUCACUCAGAGAGAUCCAGAAGGCAGCUGAGAGCGCUCAAAGGGAAGCAUGGCACCUCCUUCAACACGUGCCACGCUAUCUGCCUAAACCACUCCAGGUCUGCAACGUGGAGUCAACUGUGAAACAUGAAGAAGAAACAAAGGCUGUAGAACCCAAAUGUGAGAAGAAACCUGCAAAAGAAAGAGCCAUUAAAGAAGUAGCAUUAAUAACCACAGAGGAGUUUGAAAAUGUUCCUGCGUAUAUGAAAGGCCGUAUAACAUAUGAUCAGAUCAAUGCAGUUGUUGAAGAGAUUAACAAGGCCGUGGUGGGCAAGUACAAGAUCUUGUAUCAGCCUUUGAGGUCUAUGAGUGCACCAGUCAGAAACCUCUACCACCGGUUCAUAGAAGAAGAAACUAAGGAUACAAAUGGAGUAUUUUUCAUUGUGGAGGAUGAUAUCAAGGAGUUCACUAAGCUGAAAUUGGAUAAGCGCUUCUACGUGAUGCUCAGCAUCCUGAGGCACUGCCAGAGGCUGAGAGAGAUCCGCAGCUCGGGGCUGGUCCGCUACGGCAUCUGCUGACGGCUGCCCUGGGAGGAGACCUGCCCUGCCAGCAGGCAGCACGGAGGGACAGGCAGUGCUCUGUCAGGCUGAAUUAGAGUGGCCUUGAAGCCUUGGAGUUUUGUUUUGUGAAGUCUGGGGUAGCUAUAAAUCCUAACCAGAAAGGCAGCUGGGCACGCUUCCUGGUCAGCACAUGAAAAUAAAAUUUUUUGCGUAUUAA